AUGACUCUGGAGGCGGAGGAGGGUCUCAGCGCGGAGGGCGGCACCCAGCAUGAGGAGCGCCGCGGCCUGGCGCAAUUUCUGUUCGGCUGGGCGAAGCAGCGGCGCGGGCGCUGGCCGGAGGAUCUGCCCCAGGGCCGGGAUUCGAAAUCUGCGGACGGCGGGCAGCAGGGGCAGGACGGCGGGUUGGAUGGCGCAUGCGGGCGCGACAGCCCUGCUUCUGCACUGGGGAGCUGGGAAGAUGCCUCGGAUGGGCGCUGGGCUGAAGCUGAUGAAGACUGGGGCCCCAGGCCGGGGUGCGCGGGCUGCCUGUGCGCGUGCCUGACCCCGCAGAAGACCGCCGGAAAGGGGUACAAUUUGAUACCCUCUGGGCCGGGGGGGGUCGGCCGGGGAGCCGGCGGAGAAGAUGCGGGGGACUUGGGCGAUGCCGCCGGCUGCGAGGCGCUGGACGGGAUCGGCGAUGGCGAGCGGGGUUAUGCGUCUGAAUCCGACGCCGUGGGGACCGCGGCAGCGGGGGAUGAAUGGGGCGUGAGCGUGGAAUUGGUGGAGGCAUUCGACGCCGGCCGCAGGCCUGAUGGCGCCGAUUCUCGCGUCUUCAUCGUCAGCGGCGAGGAGGCGGAUGAUGCCAACGGCGGGGCGUGGGAUGGGGAGGAGAAGCCGGAGGGCGGUGGCAGCGAAAAUGCGCCCGGAUUUGGCCGAGAGCCGGGGAGCGAGGGGGCCGAUCGGACGCGGAAGAUCGCCGAGGUGCUCGAGGCGUCAGGUGGGGUGGCGCGGCGGCGGGGGGGCCGGGGAAGGCGCCCCGCGGCGCUGUCAGGCUUCGGGCUGGCGGUGCUGCGCAGUCGUCGGGGCAGGCCGACGACCGGGGGGGAUGCGGCCCAGGACGGCGCCAGCGAGGUUCCCGGCGGGGAGCAGGCGAGCGAAUGCGCGGGCCAGGGAUUUGGGAACGAUUCUGAGUCUUCGGCGCCGAUCGGCGGGGCGGGUGAUAGGACGGAGUCGGGGGCGGUUGAGUCCAGCGGGAGGCAGUUGGCGGAAUCGUCGCCUGGGGAUGUUUCCGUGGCCGGCUCCGUCGCCGGGGAUGGGGCCGCCGAGGGCCCGCCGAAGUGGCAGAGGCGGAAGAAGGGCGUGAAGAAGAGCCCGUCCCUGCCCAUUCUGGGUAGGCUGCGCCACAGGAGGCCAAAGGCGGGCGAGGCGCACGACUCCGACGGCCUGGGGGGCUCGCCCCCGGACGGCGUCGCGCCGAGGCACCCAUCAGGCAGCUCCGCCCGGCAGCAGGAGUCCGACAGGGAGGCGUCCCCGAACGCGAGGCCGGAGAAGCGAUCACUGGUCAAUUGCUUCGGCUGGGGCCAGCAGGAGAGCGGCAGCGAGGAGGUGGUAUCAAGGGACCCAUGCUUCGAGCGCCUGCUCGCCGACAACCGAUCGCCGCCCGGCGUCGUGGGGCUAGUGAACCUGGGCAACUCGUGCUUUUUGAGCGCGGCGCUGCAGUGCCUGAGAUGCACUCCCGGGCUGGCGGUGUCCCUCGUGCCGGAGCUGGAGGAGUUGUUGUCCGCGGCGAAGGAAGGCCGGGUGGACCAGCCCGGGCCCAGCUCAACCCCGCAGAGCCCCAGGGGAUCGUCUGACGGCGGCCCGCGGUCGAUGUCUGUGCCUCCUGCGCUCGGCUUUCUCAAGCAGCCGGCGCACCUGCUGUUGAUCCCGCCGAACCUGUGCCGCACGUUCUCCCUCCCCGUCAGCUUGCCAUGCGAUCUGGGUGGACUGCUGGCAGGGGAAUCCGGUUUGGUGGGCGGCUCAGCAACGACAUGCACCAAUGUUGUGCGCUCUUUGCCAAGGCCGAGGAUGGCUCGUGGGACAAGUCUGAGCGCCUUGAAUCUGGAACUGUCGGAGGCCAAGGACAUGAGCGAGUGGUUCAGUGGUCCGUCCGGGGCCGCCCCUCACACAGGUGUGCACAAAGAAGCGCUCCAGCCAUCCCCCUGCAGAUGUGCAGAAAAUCCUGAUCAAAAAAUCUUGGACGUGGACAACACAGUAAUACCCAAGGCCAAGGAGGGCGCUUCCAGUUGUGAACAAUCAGGUGUAGAUCCAGUCAACUUGACUGCACAGAUGCCAAGCUCCACAGAUAACAAGUUGGGGACUGCAGGCACAAAGAUUCCAAAAUCAGGCGGUAAGCCUCCAUCGAUGAAGCAAACAGAUGGUGAUGAAUCGGGGGCAAAGAAAUCUAAGCUAGAAGGCAGCGUCGAAAAGUGCAUUGAGAUGAUGGCAUCGGAAGGGACUGUGAUCAAUAACAAACAGGUGCAUGCCACACCUGCAGUAUCAGGCAUGACUGCUGAUUCGAUGCAUGGUGGGGCAGGCUGCGGAGAUGGCAAACCGGAUGCACGGCAAGGGGACAAUUUUCAAUCGUUAGGGCCUGCUGGAAGACAAGAAGAUGAACUGCCACUGAUUGACCUUGGAAUCGACGACGAUGCAUGUGUUGAGCCUGCGCAGCCAUGUGACACCACUGGCAGCAAGGUCAUGCCUGAAGUGGCGCAGGACUGUUCUUUGGGAUACGGUGUUCAAGCCCAUGCAGUUGAUAUUCAUGACAGCCCCUCAAGCUCACAAGACAUGGAUGGCUCUGUGACGCCUGCCGACUCUGGAUCGGAAGGUCAAGCCAGCGAGACAGAUGCUGACAAUAGUGCCAUGGUAGACAAGGCACAAUCAGAUGAGCCUGCCACAGAGGUUGCUUCAUCUUCCAAGGUUGCAAAGAAGCCCAAGGUCGCCCCAGAUUUUAUGGGGGCUUUUCAAAAGGCAGUGUUGUCUCUGUGUUCUGGGGAGCACAUGUCAUCGUUCAAUCCAGAAGGGCUGUAUCAGCAGUUGGAGUUGCUACCUCAAGCAGAGCACCUCUGCGAUGGUGGGCAGCAAGAUUGCCUUGAACUAGUGAAGGUGUUCCUCUGUGCCCUUCAUGAGCACUUGAACUGUGCCAAGCCUCUGCCGGCAGCCGAGGACAAAGAGGAAGAUCGCCACGAGCGCACCAAAGCAGAGAGCGUGAAGUCAGAGAGCGAGAGCAGCAAAGCCGACAGGAUGUGGCACAGUUACCUGUCGCAAGACAGCAGCAUUGUGACUGACAUGUUUGCUGGGCAGCUGCAGUGUGUGCGGACAUGCCACAAAUGUGGCUCUCGUACAACUACGUACGAGACGUUUUGGGAGCUGUCACUUCCUCUGGCAAAGGAAGAUCGUUUCCUCUCCUCUUGGUUCAAUGGCGGAAGGGGCCCAACAUGCCUGGAGGAUUUAUUGAGGGCUUUCACAGCUGGGGAGGAAAUGAGAGGCGAUUGUGCUCCCAACUGCGAGAAAUGUGGACAGAAGCAGAAUGCCACUCGCCGCCUGCGCGUCCACCGUUUCCCUCCGGUCCUUGUAUUGAACAUCAAGCGCUUCAAGUACACCAAAGAAGGCCGUGAGAAGCUGACAACAAACAUCACCUUCCCUGUGCAUGGGCUACAACUGCAGAGCUACACAAGCAAAGAGAGCGGCAGCCGUGGCUCCAACGUUUCCUACGACCUGUGCUCCGUCAGCAACCACUUUGGCAGCCUGUGCGGCGGCCACUACACGGCUUUCUGCAAGUUGCGCAAUGGGCAUGGGACUGACUCCUGGUUUUGCCUGAAUGAUGAACACAUCUCCAGCGUCAGCGAAGAAGCCGUGGUGACGCCAAAUGCGUACGUGCUGUUUUAUGUGAGGCAGCCUUCUGGCGGAUCAGCCGCCAAAGCUGGCGCCUCCAAGGCCUCUACAUUUAAGAGUGCUUGA